AUGACAAUCCGAAAUCCUCUUCCACUCUCCGAUGAGUGGAAGGAUCCCGACGAAUAUGUCCAGGCUCUCCUCUCCUUCGCAACUGAAUCGGUCAUGUUCAUGAACCUUUGCGGUGGCGUGCACAUCCUCGAUUUCUUGACGCGCGAUCCCGAUUUGUACGAGUCACUACUACCGGAAGACUGGCGAUCAUUCUUCGAGCAUCACGACAUCCAUAGUAUCUUGCAACUGCUACUACGAGAGAACAUUGGCCCGCUGUGCGAACCUGCCGAAACAAACACUGGCUCCGAGAAUGACAGGACUUGGAACGGAAGCGCAUUUCCGCCUGCAAGCCUCCUCGAGUACAUUCGCGAUAUUCGACGAUUUAGCUUCCGACGCGAAUUCACCACACCUAAGAAUAGCGAACCUCUCCCAAGCCACAUUGCUAUGGGCAUGAAUAAGAAGAAGAAACACGAGGUGGAGCAAUUCUCUCGCUAUGUCGCGUCUUUAUCGGAGACAGUAACCGAGCAUCGUGGGGAGCCAUUGUCCCACAUUGUAGAUUUUGGAUCGGGGCAAAAUUACCUGGGGCGCAUGCUAGCAAGCUCGCCCUAUCACAAACAUAUCAUUGCCAUUGAGCGAAAGCACCAAUACAUCAGCGGAGCUAACCGUAUGGAUGUUCAUGCUCGACUGACUAAACAAGAAAGGAAAAAGACCAUACAUAAUGCAAAGCAAAACAAAUUGAAGAGGCAAUGCAUCGACUGUAUUGAUACCCCAGAACUAGCCCCAGACCUGACCACUUCGGAGAAGCCCGAGGCUCCUGGAUUGGGUGUGGGAGCACAACUGGAACGGAGCGUUGCAGUGCCAGAAGAACCUGCUGGGCCGGAUGAAGACACCACGGCCUUUAACAUGCUUGGUGAGAUGACCCUAGAAGCCGAUGAUGUGCUUUCGAUGGACAGCAAGCCACAUGUACUACAUGUACCGAAGGCACGACCGGAGGUUGAUACCAGAGGCACCGUCAGCUAUAUUGAACAUAACAUCCAAGACGGCUACCUAGAACCGAUCAUUGAGCACGUCGUGGACCCAAAGACAUCAGUUGAGAUCCGGAGCAGCACAGAAGAAGUCACCAUCCAACCAGAAGACAAGAAACAAAGUGACGCCCGGGUGAUGGUCGUCUCUUUGCAUUCCUGCGGAAACCUCGUCCACCACGGAGUCCGCUCACUAGUGCUCAACCCAUCUGUUGUAGCAAUCGCCAUGAUCGGCUGCUGCUACAAUCUCAUGACAGAACGAUUGGGACCAGCGACAUGCAAAAUCCCCAUUCUUCGAUCCGCCCAUCCCCGCCUGAGAAAACCCGGAUCUUCAUGGGACCCGCACGGAUUCCCAAUGUCCAAGCUCUAUGAGAACUAUCAAGCAACGACCACAACAGGCUUUAAUCUCAACAUUACAGCCCGCUCAAUGGCCCUACAGGCACCCUACAACUGGGGCCGCGCCGACAGCGAAGACUUCUUCACGCGCCAUUUCUACCGCGCUUUGCUACAGCGCGUUCUGCUAGAUCGCGACAUCAUCCCUCGACCUGACGUUCCCGACGAUCUCUACGAAGAUCAAGCAGAGAACCCCAAUGCCGGGGGUAUAGCACUGAUCGUGGGGUCCUUACGGAAGUCUGCAUUUGAGUCUUUCUCUGCGUACGUGCGUGCUGCAACGGUCAAAUUGAGCCAGGAUCCGAUCCGUGGCGAGUUGGUCAAAAAGCACAUCUGUACCCUGACUGAAGAGGAGUUGCAGCGCUAUGAAACGGAUUACUUGCCCACGCGCAAGAAUCUCAGUAUUGUGUGGGGUCUGAUGGCGUUCAGUUCCCAGGUUGUUGAGGCUGCUAUUGUAGUUGAUCGCUGGCAAUUCCUGCGCGAACAUGACUCUGUCAAGGAGUGUUGGGUUGAGCCGGUGUUUGAGUAUGGCCAAAGUCCGCGCAAUCUUGCUAUCAUUGGGAUCAAGAAAUGA